AUGGGCUCACAACCAAGCUAUACGCAACCGCCUCAACAGGUUUCCUUUGACGGAUUCCUCUUUGACAUGGACGGCACUUUGAUCGAUUCUACCGACGCAAUUGUAAAGCAUUGGCACAAGACCGGCGCAGAACUCGGCCUAGAUCCGGAAGAGAUUUUGAAAACGUCUCAUGGACGAAGGAGCAUUGAUAUCUUUAAGAUUAUUGCUCCCCAUAAAGCUACGUGGGAAUACGUAAAAGAGGUAGAAGGCCAACUUCCCCUUUUAUACGGCGAUCUCGCCAAGGAAAUACCUGGAGCCAGAAAAGUUCUUGAUUCUCUCAUCGCCCAAUCCGCCCCUUGGGCCAUCGUGACAUCUGGCACAGCUCCUCUCGUUUCCGGCUGGCUACAGCGCCUGUCUCUCGCCAUACCAGAGCAUCUCGUCACAGCGGAAUCAGUGCAGAACGGCAAACCGGAUCCAACGUGCUAUCUCAUGGGCCUGGAGAAGCUGCGCCUUCAAGAUCGCGCCGGACAGGUUCUCGUCUUGGAGGAUGCCCCUGCAGGAAUCAAGGCUGGCAAGGCCGCUGGUUGCAAGGUCAUUGGGCUAGUGACGAGCCAUACCGUCGAACAGGUUGUUGCCGCGGGACCGGACUGGGUAGUCAAAGACCUGGAGUCGGUCAGGGUUGUCGGACGGCACGGUGCCCAGGUGACAAUUGAGAUUUCGAACGCGUUGGUGCAAUAG